ACGCGCACUUCCUGUGUAGCUCAUGUGAUGUUUCCAAAGCUUUGUAGUUUUCGCUUAGUUUUUCGCCACUGUGGUUGAAUUUCGUUCCAAUCAUGAAAAGUCUGCCACUUUUCUCUUUUAUUUUUUGCGUUCUUACGUUCAACCAGGCAUUUGGUGAUGGCAUCCAUAUGUCACGAACGGCAACAAUUGAAAAAGAAUGCGCACAAACCUUGGGCAGAUCACAAACUGAAUCGGAAAAAUUGAAAGCGUCUGACUUUCAAUACCAGUAUAAGUGCUACAUGCAUUGCGUCGCGAGAACUUUUGAAUUGAUGAAAGAUGGCGCAUUAAACCAAGAAAAAGUCGAAGAUUAUCUGAGCCGUUUACCUGAUGUUGACGAGAAAAUAAUGGGAGAAUUCAAAGAAUCCUAUAACAAAUGCAAAGACAUCAAGCUCGACGAUCCUUGUGAAACAGCACAUCAGCUUUACAAUUGCGGUAAAAUCGUCAAUCCUGAUUUGCUCCAAAAAAUGACCGAAUUUAUCACAAAAGAGGUAAACGCAAAAGAAGCCUAAACUGCUGAUUGGCUUGACAUUAUUGGUGUAAAUGAUUGGCUUGUAAUAUUUUUGGGUCAAUAAAAACUAUGCCUAUGA